AAUGAUGAAAAACGUAGCCUCGCACUGGGAGGCCAUGUGGGUUUCGACAGUCUUCCGGAUCAGCUUGUUAGUAAAUCUGUCACCCAAGGCUUCUGCUUCAACAUCCUCUGCGUGGGUGAAACCGGUAUUGGAAAGUCCACAUUAAUGAACACACUCUUUAACACAACGUUUGAGACAGAAGAAGCCAGCCACUAUGAGAACGGAGUUCGUUUACGACCUCGCACGUAUGAACUUCAGGAAAGCAAUGUACACCUGAAACUGACGAUUGUGGACACUGUGGGCUUUGGAGAUCAGAUCAACAAAGAUGACAGUUACAGGUCAGUCGUUGACUACAUUGAUACUCAGUUUGAGAAUUAUCUCCAAGAAGAGCUGAAGAUCCGGCGAUCCCUUUUCAACUUCCAUGACUCUAGGAUACAUGUCUGUCUAUACUUCAUUACGCCAACUGGGCACUCCCUGAAAUCUUUAGAUCUGGUCACCAUGAAGAAGCUGGAUAGUAAGGUUAAUAUCAUUCCCAUAAUUGCUAAAGCUGACACAAUAUCGAAGAGUGAACUCCACAAGUUCAAAAUCAAGAUUAUGAGUGAGCUGGUUAGCAAUGGCGUCCAGAUUUACCAGUUCCCGACUGAUGAUGAAGCAGUGGCGGAGAUCAACUCUGUAAUGAAUGCUCAUCUUCCAUUUGCUGUAGUCGGGAGCACAGAAGAAGUAAAAGUUGGCAAUAAGUUGGUGAGAGCCAGACAAUACCCAUGGGGUGUUGUUCAAGUUGAAAAUGAGAGUCACUGCGACUUUGUGAAGCUGAGGGAAAUGCUGAUCCGGGUCAAUAUGGAGGAUCUCAGGGAACAGACGCAUACGCGCCAUUAUGAGCUGUAUAGGCGUUGCAAGCUUGAAGAGAUGGGUUUUAAAGACACUGACCCAGAUAACCAACCCUUUAGUCUUCAGGAGACAUAUGAAGCUAAAAGAAAAGAGUUUCUGGAGGACCUGCAUCGGAAAGAGGAAGAAAUGCGGCAGAUGUUUGUCAACAGAGUGAAGGAAACAGAAGCUGAACUGAAGGACAAGGAGAGGGAACUUCAAGAAAAGUUUGCACAUCUGAAGAGGCUACACCAAGACGAGAACAGAAAGCUGGAGGAAAAGAGGAAGGAGAUGGAGGACGAGAUGAACUCCUUCAACAGGAGGAAGAUGGCGGUGGAAUCAUUGCAGCCUCAGGCAUACCAAGCAUCUUCCCAGCAGCCUUUAAAGAAGGACAAAGACAGAAAAAAGUAAGU